AUGCACCGGCACCUGCACAAUCUGGCGCCGCGUGUGGCUGGCUGGCUCGCUCCUGCUGUGCCCAACACUGCGCGCUGCCUGUCCGGCUGUUCCGCCAUUCUUCGAUCUGGGCUUCGCCGCCGCCGCCGCCGCCGCACCCCCACCGCGUGUCUUGACGCUUCUCCUCCACCCUCCAUCGCCACUCUUCCACCCACCACCGCCAGUCUCUCGGCUCCAUCCCGUCGACUGCCAACGAAGCCGCCAACUGCAUACACCCCAACCUCGCUCGACGACCCCUCCGGGGCCCCUGCUCUCGACUUCACUCGCGCUCUCGCUCUCUCCGCUGCCACAUCCACCACGCAGCCAAUCUCCGAGCUAGCCGACUCACCCCAUCAUCAUCGCCUGGCCACAUCGCCAACUCAUAGCGCCAUGUCCGUCGACACAGAGCCCCGCGCACCGCGCGCCAACACACAGUCCUCGCCCACCUUCCGCCAGACGGGCUUCUCGGUCCCCACCGUCUCGGCGCCCACCACCAACGACAUCAACGCCGUCGCAGUCGCGCAGCAGGUGCUUUCGCCCAAGAUGCGAUCCUCCAACUCGAGCCUAAACGCGGCAUUGCAAGCAAGGCCCAACGCCCUCUGUAAAGCCGCGCCGCACGAUGACGGCGAUUCGGACAUGGCAGAGGCUGCCCCCCUGCCCCUCCAGAUCCCCGGCUCCACUGCCAAGCUCGAGCCGGUCGCCAUGGGCUCGCAAGUCUCUCGCUCGCCCAACGACGUGCCUACGCCUCCGGAUGCGCCUUCCCUGGCGCCUCACAAGCCCUCGCACUCGCCCCACACCACAUCCGUGCGCCUGCCUUCGCUGAGCGCCAGCAUGCUCUCGCCACGCUACUCGACGCUCCAGGGCUCGAGCAUCUCGAGCGGCCCCACAUCCAUCACCUCCAGCAACUGGUCGCCCUCCCGAAGCACCGACCCGCACCUCUACUCGAUCUCCGCAGGCAGAAAGUACAGCUACGGCAGCUUCAACAAACCCGCGCUCAGCACCUCGUUCAAGACCUCGGCAAUGCGCAUGCGCGGCGAUGCUGUCGACGACGACGAAGAUGAGGAGGACGACAGCUUCGGCAAGCCCACCUCCCGAUUCGCACGCGGAUCCACCGCUGCCACAGACAGGGCAACCGCAGAACCCGGCAUCGAGCUCGACGGCGACGAGGUGUUUGCCUUUUCCAGCCCUUGCUUCGGGCCCAAGGAGCUGCCAGACGACGGCGUCCCGUCUCCGGAACUCCACGAGGCCAUCCCUCCUUCCCACAGCGCAUCCUCCAACCCGAGUGCUAUCCUCAGCCCAAGCUGGGCCACCGCUUCGCUCGGCAAGCUCUCGCUGGGCGGAAGCGAACACAAGGGCUCCCCAAGCUCGGCGAGUGCCCGCAGACCUUCGCGCUCCCACAACCAUCACGGCGCCGGACCCCUGUCCUCGUCGGCAGACGUGGCCGCUGCUGCCAUGAAGCAGAGGCGCUACUCGUACAACAAGCACGCGCGUCCCAACUUUGCCUCGCCCGGUCCCAGCAGCUACACCUACUCUUCCAGCUUUGGCAGGGACCAUCCCUACGCGCGCACGCCCACUUCGACCAGCCUCACCUCGUCUCACCGCAAGGAAGCUCGCUCCAGGUCCAGGUCCAGGUACGGCGCCGACGACAGAGGCAGCCGAUCCACCGCCGUCAUGGACGACGACGAGACCGACGAGGAGAUGCGCAUGGACGAUGACGAUGCUACCGAGGACGAGGCCGACUACGCCUACGGCGGAAACUACAGCGCAUCGUACCAGGCUCGCAUGCGUCAGAGCCUCGCACACAAGGGUGACCCUACGCUCGGCAGCACCCCUUCGAGCUUUGGCGCCAACCCGUCCCAGGCCAGCCUCGGUCUCACCUUCCAGAUGAGCCCCGGCAACCAGUCGAUGCUCGCCAAAGGACACCCGCUCGACGCCAGCCGCUCGCCCGUCAUGGCCAACUCCAACAUCUCGGUCAGCCUCAGCCGUCAGUACAGCUCGGAUCGACACGCAGCCGCGGCGGGUCUGGCUCCGUUGCGUCACCAUCCCUACGCCACAAGCCCAUCAGCCACAUCGGGUCCGCUGAGCGCGUCCAUGGGACUCGCCUACUCUCCUGGCUCCAACGCGCCGGUCAACCGACCUGCGCACAGGAGGGGAAGCAGCCUCGGCAACGGCCUUGCAGCGCCAGCCUAUGCUGCUGGCGUGCUCUCGACUUCGCCCAGGUUCGCCAACGGCAUGGCAGCUGGCCGCACCGGCGAGCGCGCGGAUGAAAGCAACGGCGACCGUCUCAGCCAGUCUCCGUACGGUGUCAACUCGGGAUCGCCGUACUCUGCGGGCGCUCGUGGGCUCAACGGAUACUACGCCGCAGCCACGCAGAACGGCGCUUACAGCCAGUCGCCGCGCUACUCGCAGAGCUUUGGUACGCGCAAGGAGUCGAGCGGAUACGCAUCCACGCUGGCGGCGCACUUUGAGAAGCACGAGCGCUCGGACAGCAUGGCGAGCGAAGCCACCGAGAUCGGUGACCGAUCGGCCGCUUCCAACGCCUCGCAGCAGCGCAGGGCGUCCAGCAAGACCGGCGGCGCGCGCUCGACGAGCAACACCGGCGCUUCGGGCAACACGGACGAGACGGCGCAGGUGGCGGCGAUCCGCGACCGUCUGGGCGGCGCGGCGAGCUGCUCGGCGUUCAUCUCGAAGCUGUGGCACCUCAUGAUCAACCCGCAGCAGUACAACAAGUACAUCCGGUGGGACGAGGCGGGCAGCUCGAUCAUCCUGUCGAGCGAGCCGGACGUUGCCAACGAGUUUGCGUCGGACGUGCUGCCGCGGCUGUUCAAGCACGGCAACAACGCCAGCUUCAUCCGCCAGCUCAACCUGUACGGCUUCCAGCGCAUCCCGUCGUCGAGGCUGCUGGACGCGGCCGAGAUGAAGGUGGCGGCAGCCAAGCGUGCCGAGCUGGGCGGUAGCGGCGGAGGCUCGACGCUCAACACGGCGGUGCAGCUGUACGGCGCGCACUCGAGCUUUGCCCAUCCGCGCUUCCUGCGAGGUCGGGAGGAGCUGCUGCCCACGAUGAAGCCGAGGUCAAGCAAGAAGCCCAAGAAGGCGGCCAACGGCGGCGCGGCCGAUGCGACGCCGCGAUCGCUCGACGCCGACGCGACGCUAGGUGGCGACGAGACCGACGAGGAGGACUUUGCCCUUUAA